UCGUAGCGAGAGAGCUUCCAGGAGUCGCUUCUCUUUGUCCGUCUUUGCGCUGCUUUUGUUCAAUGUUGUUUAUUUAAGUCUAGUGUUCGCUAAAUCAUAUAGAAUAGAAUCGAGUGAAAUGGGAAAUUGAUAGGAUUAAUAUUAAAUCUGACCUAUACAUAGUGUUCUUCAAAAUGUCUGAGAAAGAGACAGCGGCUCUUAUCGAAAACAAAAUCCCGGAGGGUUCUGCAAAGAGAAGCUUCCUGUCGAACAUCACGGUCGAACCGGCUCUGGCUCUGACUGCUUUCGGCUACGGGUCGGCGCUGAUCUUCACUACCAAUCUGAUGGUCGAUAAAAUUUGUUCCCACCAGUUCGGAUACAGUGACGAGAUUUGCGCUCAGCUCGACUCGGGGAGGUAUACGAGGCAGCAGGACAAUGUGCAGCGCGUCGUCAACGUGUACAACGUGUACAAACAGGUCAUUGAAUACAUCCCCGCCCUGUUCGCGGUACUGAUCCUGGGGGCGUGGAGCGACCGGCGCGGCCGACGCCUGCCGGUCAUCCUUCCUGUGGUGGGGCAGCUCCUCAUGGGCCUCGGCCUGACGGCGAACUCCUACUGGAUGUCCCUCUCGCCGCCCUUCAUCCUCCUGUCCUUCGUGCCGGUGGGCUGCACGGGUGCCAUCACGGGCAUGUUCCUGGGUGCUUUCGCCUAUGUCAGCGUCUCGUCGGGUCGGAAGUCGCGGACGUCUCGCGUGUCUAUCGUAGGUGUCAUCAUGCUGCUGUGUCUGCCGCUGGGUCCCGUCGCCACCUACCUCUUCGCGGUCGGAGGCUACGUCCUGGUGUUCGGUCUCCAGACGGGCUUGUCUGCUGUCAGCGUCGUCUACCUGCUCCUGCGGCUUGAGAAUCGCCCCGACGGCAGCAGUGCCCCUGAGGCCGAGGGGAGCGUAUGCGAGGUCCUCUCUCCUGCCAACCUGAAGAUGACGCUGAUGGUAGUGUUCAGGUCCCGUGAAGGAAAGGCCCGCGGUCACAUCAUUGGGAACAUCAUCAUAUGCUCUUUAGUGCUCUUCACUUACGGGUUGCUCAGCUACGACUUCCUCUUCACUCGCAAGCAGUUCUCUUGGGACGUCAACACCUUCACCAUCUGGUCCAUUGUCGACACCCCUUUAUCAGCCAUAGGCAUUCUUGUGGUUAUGCCUUUGCUCAGCUAUCGGUUCGGGGUUACGGACGGCACGCUAGGAUUUGUGGGCGGAGUUUCCAUGAUCUUCACCUACGUCAUUAGAGCAACUGCACCUGUCUCCUGGGUGUUCUACGUUGCAUCCAUCGUAGGCCUACUCCGCGGCAUGCCCUCCUUGGCCGCUCGUUCCGCCGCCUCUAAAUUAGUCAAGAACAGCGAGCAAGGAGCCGUUUUCGCCGUCUUGGCCGCAGCUGAGACCAUCAUCCCGGUCGUGGCUUCGUCAGUAUACACUUUGCUUUAUAAUGCCACGCUUGAGGUUUUCCCCGGCGCCAUCUACGUGUUCACUGCCGGCGUUAGUCUCGUUGUCUGUUGCAUUAAUGUAUGGAUGAUGACGGAUGAGAAUCGACAUGGUUUGUACGCACAAAUUCCUUAAACUAAAGACACAAAAACUCCAUCGAGAAACAGAAUGUCUACAAGAAGAAGAAGGAGUAGAAGAGAAAAAAAAUGAAUGUAGUUUUUGACGUGUAUAGUAUAUAUUUUGGGAUUCCAAGAUUUCGCAAUAUGGUGUUGGAGGUCUUUUGAAAAAUAAAUAAACAAAUAAAUAAAUAAAGGGAGCUGCUCGACGACACAUGAAUAUCCAGAGGCCUUCAUCAAUCAGAUUAUUAGGACUGGAGUGGAGGGAUAGAAAACAAAUACUUGUGAAUACUUGUGAAGUGUUUACUUCUAUUCAUACAUUCUUUCAUACAG